UUAAAAUAAAAAAUUCAUAAAAAAUUUGAUUAAUCCCUGAUUAUAAAUUCUGUAGUAAAAACUCUUUUCUCAGAUUCUGCCAUGAUUACAUUUGUUCUGGGCAUUUACCUUGCAAUAAUUAAACCGUCGAGAAACCAGAAAAAAUAAACGUCAUUAACUUACAAAAAAUAUUUAAAAAAUUAGAAAACGAUCAGUCCUUUUCUCGUUACUUUUGUCAACUUCAGAGACCUUUUUGCAAACAGUGGUAAGUGAAAAGUCACUGCAGCCACAUAAUACUCACUGCCAUGGCAAAAGCAGUAGCCAAUCCCCGCCAUUCGAUAGAUCCAAACACCGGCUUCUGUCCCCAAACAGCAACGUACCACAGUCUCAGACCACACGUACCUCUCCCUCCGCCUUCGCAGCCUCUCUCCCUCCCUCAGUAUGCCCUCUCCCUCCUCCGCUCCUCCACCACCCCCAGAGGCGGCGACACCACUUUCAUCGUCGAUGCUACUAGCGGUCACACCCUCUCGUACUCCCGAUUUAUCGCUCAAAUCCAUUCCCUCGCUUACUCCAUCCGGAAAAACUAUUCGCUUUCCCAAAACGACGUCGCUUUCAUUCUCUCCCCUCCUUCGCUACAUGUCCCUUUGCUUUACUUCGCUCUUCUGUCGUUAGGAAUCGUCGUCUCUCCUGGCAACCCGCUGGGUUCCGAGUCGGAGAUUACUCACCAGGUUCAACUCAGUAAACCCGUCAUUGCCUUCGCCACCUCGAAGACGUCUUCCAAGCUUCCAUUUCUCAAACUCGGAACUGUCCUCCUUGACUCGCCUGAGUUCCUCUCUUUCUUAGCUCAACCCAAGGUCGAUGACGACGUCAUCAACAAAGUCCAGGUGAGUCAGCACGACGCAGCAGCGAUACUUUAUUCUUCUGGGACAACCGGGCGAGUCAAGGGCGUAAUGCUGAGUCACCUGAACCUAAUAGCAUUAAUUGCCGGGUUUUACCACUUACGGCAAUUUCACCAGGGGGAGGAAGCGCCGCACCCGGUGUCGUUUUUCACGGUGCCUUUGUUUCACGUGUUCGGGUUCUUCAUGCUGGCGAGGGCGUUUUCGAUGGGAGAAACUGCGGUUUUCACUGAGAGAUUUGAAUUUGAGGGAAUGUUGAGAGCCAUAGAGAAGUACAAGAUAACUUACAUGCCGGUCUCCCCGCCGCUUGUCGUGGCGUUUAUUAAAUCAGAUUUGACUAAGAAGUAUGACCUCAGCUCCCUUCUGCUGCUCGGAUGCGGUGGAGCUCCGCUUGGCAAGGAGGUCGCUGAGCAGUUCAAGGAGAAAUUCCCCACCGUGGAACUUAUUCAAGGAUAUGGGCUGACUGAGACAGGAGGAGGUGCAACUAGGGUGAUAGGGCCAGAGGAGGCAGCUCGGUAUGGGACUGUUGGCCGCCUUGCUGAAAACAUGGAAGCCAAGAUUGUUGAUCCUGGAACUGGGGAGGUCCUUCCUCCUGGACAGAGAGGGGAACUAUGGUUGCGAGGGCCAACAGUAAUGAAGGGUUAUGUAGGUGAUGAGAAGGCAACCGCUGAAACCUUGGAUUCAGAAGGCUGGUUAAAAACUGGUGACAUUUGUUACUUUGACUCCGAGGGGUUUCUCUACAUUGUAGAUAGAUUGAAGGAAUUAAUCAAAUACAAGGCAUAUCAGGUCCCUCCAGCUGAAUUGGAACAUAUACUUCAUUCCCAUCCUGAAAUUGCUGAUGCAGCUGUGAUUCCGUACCCUGACGAAGAAGCAGGGCAGAUUCCCAUGGCCUAUGUAGUAAGAAACCCUGGAAGUAGCAUCACUGAGGCUCAAGUCAUGGAUUUCAUUGCAAAACAGGUUGCACCAUACAAGAAGAUCCGACGAAUUGCAUUUAUCAAUUCUAUUCCAAAAUCUCCAGCAGGAAAGAUCUUGAGAAGGGAGUUGGUUAAUCAUUCUCUUGCUGGUGGUUUGUCUAAAUUAUAAACCAUAUCUGGAAUACACGACACGAGAUUUUGCCGGGUUUUGAGAAGGACCUGCAAUAAACAUGGAAACUUUCUUCGCAUCUUGCUUCAAGCUUUGUUUAUCACUGCUGGCUGGUUAUAUCGAUUACAGUUCAAAUUGAAAUGAAAUUCCCUUGACACGUUUCCAUUUGGCAUUUAAUAAGCUAAUUCUUAAU